UGUAGUUUUCAUCGUAUAACGACAACGCAGUUUCGUUCCGAUUUUUUAGAGAGCACACGUUCUAGAGAGCACACAUGAGAAUUUUGGUUGAAAAAAAAAUCUGUAUAGUUUUUGAUCCUUUUAAUUGAAAUAAUCAGUUUUCUGGCGCUAUGGUGGAGAAAAAGAAAUCGCUUCAACUGCUGCGAAUGGUGCGAUCUUCCUGGACGAUCAUCUAUAACGAUCACUUCUGUUGGACCUUUAUCAAGAGCUACGGACUCUUCGCAUUGGCCAUCCCGCUUGCCAAGUUCUUUGAUGGCUUCCAAAUAUUUCCCACCAAUGGCGUCUAAUGUUCUAAUGUUUUUGGUUUGCAAGCGGUUUUGAUUUGUGCCUAAUGUGCGUAAAUUAAUUGUCUAUUGAUUGAAGCAGAUCGUUAAAUUGUAUCAGUGUGUUUGCCUUGUUAUGGCCAUGAUAAGAUUAUAAAUCGACUUCAUGAGAAUUGUUUUUUUCCCUCCGAUUCUGGAUUUGUUAUCACAGGCCUACUUGAAUGUUGUUCAUAGUUUUAGAUGUUAUAAACGCACAUCAAUGCAAUAAAUCAGAAAUUCAAUAUUCUUAAGAAA